ACAAGCCCCUCCGAGGCGAGAGGCAGCCCUCCGCGUGCACAGUGCGAGACCCCUGAUGGUGCCCAGACUUCGCUGUGACUCGGGCAGCCAUUCAGGGUUCGUGCAAGUCUGCAAACAUGUUCACCGUUUCUCAGACCUCAAGAGCGUGGUUCAUCGACAGAGCCCGCCAGGCUCGAGAGGGGCGGCUCGUGCAGAAGGAGCGGGAGCGGGCGGCCGUGGGAAUCCAGGCCCACGUCCGGGGUUUCCUCUGUCGGACUCGACUGCAGAGAUCGAUCAGGAGAGAGAUUGAUGACUAUUUCGAAGACGAAGACUCUGGGUCCAAUAGAAGAAGUGCUCUUGGUGUUUUUAAGAUUGCCAGGAAGCUGCUAUUUGUGUUCAGAUUUAAAAAGGACAAUGAGAGAUUUGAGAAGUUGUGUCGCUGCAUCCUGAGCAGCAUGGACGCCGAGAACGAGCCGAAGAUGUCGUACGAGUCCCUUGCCCUCUGCAAGGACCUGACCCUCCUGUGGAUUAAACAGAUCAAGGACAUCCUGUGGUAUUGCUGUGAGUUUCUUCAGCAGCUCAAGCCUGAAAUUUUACAUGACUCCAGACUUGUGACGCUGUACCUCACAGUGCUUGUCACCUUCACAGACACUUCCACCUGGAAUAUUCUCCGGGGCAAAGGGGAGAGCCUUCGGCCCGCCAUGAACCACAUCUGUGCGAAUAUAAUGGGACACCUCAACCAGCGUGGCUUUUAUCCUGUGCUCCAGACCCUGUUGACCCGUGGCCUGGCGAGAUCCCGACCUUGCCUGUCCAAAGGCCCGCUGACGGCCGUCUUUUCCCUCGCCUUGCGCCCUGUGGUCGCAGCGCAGUUCUCAGACAAUCUGCUUCGACCGUUUCUCAUCUACAUCAUGUCCGUGCCUGCCCUUGUGACUCACCUCAGCACCGUGACCCCUGAGCGCCUUGGCAUCUUAGAAUCUCAUGACAUGCUCCGUAAAUUCAUUCACUAUUUAAGAGAUGAACAUCGAUGCUCUGACGUGUGUGAAAGUCUGGAGGGAUGCCACACUCUUUGCCUGAUGGGCAACCUCCUGCACCUGGGCUCCCUCAGCCCCCGAGUGCUGGAGGAGGAGACGGAUGGGUUCGUGCGUCUGCUCACCCAGAUGCUGUGCUACUGCCAGAGGUACGUGUCCCAGAAGAAGUCCAACCUGACCCACUGGCACCCCGUCCUCGGCUGGUUCUCCCAAUCCGUAGACUACGGCCUCAACGAGUCUAUGCCCUUGAUCACCAAACAGCUGCAGUUCCUGUGGGGGGUGCCCCUGAUUCGGACCCUCUUCUGUGACAUCCUGAGCAAGAAGCUGCAGGAGAGCCAGGAGCCAGCGCCGGUGCCGCCGGCCUCCCCCCAGAAUGUGCUGCCUGUGAAGAGUCUCCUGAAACGCGCCUUCCAGAGAUCCGCCUCCGUCCGCAACAUCCUCAGGCCCGUGGGGGGCCGGCGCGUGGACUCCGCGGAGGUGCAGAAGGUGUGCAGCACCUGCGUCCUCUACCAGACCUCGCUGACCACGCUCACGCAGAUCCGGCUGCAGAUCCUCACAGGUCUCACAUACCUUGACGACCUGCUGCCCAAGCUCUGGGCCUUUAUCUGUGAGCUGGGGCCCCACGGGGGCCUGAAGCUUUUCCUGGAAUGCCUCAGCAACGACUCCGAGGAGUCCAAGCAGCUCCUGGCCAUGCUGAUGCUGUUCUCCGACUGCUCCCGGCACCUCAUCACGAUCCUCGAUGACAUCGAAGUCUACGAAGAGCAGAUUUCGUUCAAGCUGGAAGAGCUGGUCACCAUCUCCUCGUUCCUGAAUUCCUUUGUGUUUAAGAUGAUCUGGGAUGGCAUCGUAGAGAAUGCCAAGGGCGAGAAGCUGGAGCUGUUCCAGUCCGUGCACGGGUGGCUGAUGGUGCUCUACGAGCGGGACUGUCGGCGGAGCUUCGCCCCCGAGGACCACUGGCUGCGGAAGGAUCUCAAACCCAGCGUGCUUUUCCAAGAACUGGACAAGGGCCGGAAGCGGGCGCAGCUGGUCCUGCAGUACAUCCCUCACGUCAUCCCCCACAAAAACCGGGUGCUCCUGUUCCGAAACAUGGUCAUCAAGGAGAAGGAGAAGCUGGGGCUGGUGGAGACCAGCUCUGCCUCCCCCCACGUCACGCACAUCACCAUCCGCCGCUCCCGGAUGCUGGAGGACGGUUACGAGCAGCUCCGGCAGCUCUCCCACCACACCAUGAAGGGCGUGAUCCGGGUGAAGUUCGUCAACGACCUCGGGGUGGACGAGGCCGGCAUCGACCAGGACGGCGUCUUCAAGGAGUUCCUGGAGGAGAUCAUCAAGAGGGUGUUCGACCCGGCGCUCAACCUGUUCAAGACCACCAGCGGGGACGAGAGACUCUACCCCUCGCCCACGUCCUACAUUCACGAGAAUUACCUGCAGCUCUUCGAGUUCGUGGGCAAGAUGCUGGGCAAGGCCGUGUACGAGGGCAUCGUGGUGGACGUGCCCUUCGCCUCCUUCUUCCUGAGCCAGCUGCUCGGGCACCACCACAGCGUCUUCUACAGCUCCGUGGACGAGCUCCCCUCUCUGGACUCGGAGUUCUACAAGAACCUCACCUCCAUCAAGCGCUACGACGGGGACAUCGCUGACCUGGGGCUGACUCUGUCCUACGAUGAGGACGUCAUGGGUCAGCUUGUCUGCCACGAACUGAUUCCUGGAGGGAAGACCAUUCCUGUUACAAAUGAAAAUAAAAUCAGCUACAUCCAUCUGAUGGCACAUUUCCGGAUGCACACGCAGAUCAAAAACCAGACGGCUGCCCUCAUCAGCGGGUUCCGUUCAAUCAUCAGACCCGAAUGGAUCCGGAUGUUCUCCACCCCCGAGCUGCAGCGUCUCAUCUCGGGUGACAAUGCGGAGAUUGACCUGGAAGAUUUAAAGAAGCACACGGUGUACUAUGGCGGCUUCCACGGAAGCCACAGGGUCAUCAUCUGGCUCUGGGAUAUCCUGGCGUCCGACUUCACGCCCGAGGAGAGGGCCAUGUUUCUGAAGUUUGUCACCAGCUGCUCCCGGCCCCCGCUCCUGGGAUUCGCCUACCUCAAGCCUCCUUUCUCCAUCCGCUGCGUGGAAGUCUCCGACGACCAGGACACCGGGGACACGCUGGGCAGCGUCCUCCGCGGCUUCUUCACCAUCCGCAAGCGGGAGCCCGGCGGCCGGCUGCCCACCUCCUCCACCUGCUUCAACCUGCUCAAGCUGCCCAACUACAGCAAGAAGAGCGUCCUUCGGGAGAAGCUGCGCUACGCCGUCAGCAUGAACACGGGCUUCGAGCUCUCCUAGCCGCCGGCCGGCCCUGCCCGCCGCCCCACGCCCCGGACCUGGCGCGCGGCGGGCAGGCCCAGCGCCCCGGCCCCGGCCACUCUCGAUAGCCAUGAGCCCCACCCCGCCCCGUGACGCCCCCCACCCCCCAUCCCCAGCCCC